AGUUCUUUAAGAUCUGCAGGAAAAAUCAUUUGUUUUUCCGUCAGUGUUUCCACACUGUAAAGAAAGUGCAGCAUGGAAAAAAUUUAACUCAAAUAGCAAUGCAUUCGGCGGCACGUUUUGAGUCAGUGUGUUUCGAAGCUGGUGGAUAAGUACAAAUUUUCUAUCAACAUGUUCCCCUUCCAGUGCUGACAUCAAUUCUGAAAUUACACUAUGCUUCCUAUAGUGAAUAAUUAAAGGAUAAUUGUUCUACUUUUGUUAUUGCUACUCGUAUUGACAAUUAUUGCCAUAAUUAUGCUGAUGCCCACUGUUGUGAAGGUCGGACAGCAAAAAAAAACAUUUCACAUCGAAUCCUCUACAUUUAUUAAUCUGAAACAGACGUCCCAGAAAUACAUGGUCUAAGCAAAAGCAUCGUUUCUCAUUCUUUCUUUCUUUUUCUUGAACGGGAAUGUUAUUCUCGUAAUUUAGAACGGGCAUUUCACGAGUUUGUAGAGAAAUCAGCUUAUGUAACUAUAAUAAAAUUCCCGAAGAAGUCAUGGAAUGAAUGCAGGAGGACGAGAAGAAACUGCUGAAGACUACGGCAUCAUAGAAAAAAAAUUAUAUCGCGUUUUCUAUCCUGUAUUUUGGUUGUCUACAUUUUUCAUGCAAUAGUGACCUCUAUUUUGGUGUCUUCACUUCAGCGAGUGCAUUCUAAUGAACUCAAGUGACCUGCAUCCUUUUUCGUUCCUGUUUUUUUCAUAGCGUCGCUAACCACGACUCAAGGAUUCGUCACAGUGGCCAUUAUUUACGCCCUGGUCAACACUCUGGGCAUCAUGGAGGCCAUCAUCGUCAGCGCCGUACCGACCGUCGAGGACCAACCGUUCCCGAGAGUGGGCCUGCUGUACGCGUACACGUUCAAGGGUAUGGAGGCAUCCUUCAACUGCUUCUCAGCCAUGAUACUACUCUUCGGCGCCGUCGGUAGGAUCAAGCCCGCGCUGACGGUGUUCCUCUACUGGAACGUCUUCUCGACCAUCACCUGCAUGCCGCUCAACAUCGGGCUCUUCCACACGAAGUCCGGCGACGAACAGUACUCUCUGGUCAGGAGGCUCAUUAUCAGGCGGAAUAUGACGACAACCACUGCUCCACCGGACUCUUUUGACCUGACAUCCAUUGCCCGCUUUUUCUCUCAACUUGCAACGGUGGAGUAUUUCUACGCCAGGAUGGGCAUCACCGUCAUAGCGGCCAUCGUUAAGGCGUACGUGCUGUUCGUGUACAUCGGCUUCUACAGGGAUCUCCACAACGCGCCUUACAACUACGUGCUCCAGGAGUGAUCUGGACGCGCUGCGCGGCCACCUGAAAAGGAUCUCUGUGGGCGUGGCAUCGCUGCUUGCCUUUUCCUUUUUCCCUUUUUCCCCCCUUUUUUUUGUUGCUUUUCUUUUAACUCACUUCGGCCGUACGUCCGAGCCGCCAUUGGUCACUUGAACACGAUUUACCACUUAUAAAGCUGAGCCUUCUGCUCGGUGGCAAAUCUCUGUCCGUGAGAUUUCUCGAUCACUCCCCAACAUCGACGUUAGCCCGCUAAAAGGCGUAAAGUACAUACGUCGUACUUCCCACGAAGCUGUACUAUUCAGUCGUUUCUUUUUUGUUAGUUUAGUACUCGUGUUGUGCCAUUCAUAGAGAAAAAACUUAGUACGUUUAUAGCGCAGCUGGCAAAAGUGUGCUGCUUGCGACACAAAUACAGCUCUUUGCGUGACCGAACGUCUCCCUGUAAAGUUCGUAGUGAAGCCGUAGUGAGCGAAUCCAAAAUCUCAUAUUCCUAAUAUCGUAGUUGUUCUUGCCGAUCCCCCAAUAGCAUCAACCGGAGUUUAACGUGUCUCUCACGCUCUUUAACAGUUAUCGUGUCGCGACACGAACAUAUCGCGUAUUGAUCCUAGGUCCUAUCGUCUAAAUUUCUGUGCGCGCAUAUGAUAUGCCGUAUACAGUACGUCUAAUUUCUGCUAACGUUAAUAAAAAUUGCACUUUGGAGCAAUGUGUUUGCGCAAAAUAAGACAUGCGCCGUAACUCCGAAGAGCUUAUUUGCGCUAAACUGCACGCUUUUGUCUUUACAAGUCCUCAAUGUGGCGCAUUUCCAAUAUUCUCUCAAGUCACCACUAUAUCCCUUGCCGGGGUCUCCUCGCUAUGAUGGUAUCCUUUAUUCCCCUCCGUAAAGUUUUUUUUUUAUUUCUUUUUCUUUCUUUCCUAUUUAGAGAUUCAGGCGGCCGUUGAAGAAAGCUGUGGCACGUGGAGAGGGCUAAACGAAUCGGAAGCCGCGUAUCUCAACUCCUAGGUUGACGGAGCUGCUCGUAAUCCCUCUCUGUUUUCACAUCCGCUACGAUGUAUACGCACUUUCAUUUAGGGCGCCCAGCGAACCGAGCCGCCAUAUUGCCAAAUGGAUUUACUAUCGAUGCGGCCGCGGUAUAUGUCACCUUUUCUCCCGAUAUCACGCCGUCUCGUCGAAAAAAAAAAUUGAUAAAUCGAGUAAAUAAAGCUUCCUGACUCGAAAUAGGGCGGCCAGCUGACAAAUAUGAGUCCGCGGCCUCAGCGUUACGUAAUUCGCGGGGACCACCAGGCCCACUGGACCGCGUCCUGCGAUCGCGAUGUGGAACCGACGCCGUGUGAGCGCGUUCGGCGUCGCGGCUCUGUCGCUUUCGUAACGCCGUUCUUCUCCCGCUGCCCGUCCCGGUCCUGUCCGCCGGCCGGUAUAUACGCGGAUUAGGCGACAGCCCGAAAUAUGGCUCCGCGAUUCUUCGCUGUCGUCGCCCGCUACCGCAAUUCGGCGAUGCGUUUCCGAGGCCUGUCGGAUGGUCAGAACUUCAUUGCCUCGGCCGAAUGGUGCCACAUAUCAGAGCGAAACUUUCUCUGCGAACACUGCCGAAAUUUGCUUGCGGUGGCUGCCGCUGUCUUGCAGAAUAGCUCGGCACAGGACAGCACGCAUAGACCGAGAACGGCGUGUAUAUUGACACGUGUACUUAUUUAACAUUUUCUUGGGGACUGCAUUUAACACACUGACAACUUGAAGUUAUCACUCAGUGCACGACGCGCCUGAAUGAUUGAAACCUACUGGAAUGUUGACGUUACUUCUAUGCGCUGUCUGUUGUCACCGAAGCUUGUGUGUUCUGACUGUAUGCGCGACGCGAAUUGCGUAGUACUUUCUGGAAGACACGCGGACACCUGCGAUUAAUAUGGAAACUUCGAUGAUUCAUGCAUAAAAGCCGAUGCGCUUGACCGACAGAUUAGAUUUUAGACGAUCGCCGACUGUGUUCGCCGUUAUCAUUGCGCUUUGAGUGCAACUUGCUUUUGUGGGCACAGUUUCGCCCAAUAAAAUGUUGUUUAAGCUAUUGACA